CAUUCAUUUCGGAACUACGAUGGCAAAAACUGUGACGAAUUACGUCGAGGUCAGCAGAUUAAGAAUAGCCGAACAAAGAUGACUUCUCCAUGGAAAAGUGCAUUGGAUCCUAGGACAGGACGGACCUAUUACUUUCACGAGACCACUCGCGAGACACAGUGGCGAAAACCGAUUUGUUUAGCGAACGACGAUGAAAUGUUGGCAAUCAAAGAAAAGGAACAAAAGGUUAAAGAUUUCUUCGGAGUGAUGGAAGCAAAUAUUUUAAGCACCCUAUCACGCGGUUUAAUACCGGGUAACCAUACGAAUGAUCAGCAGUCAUCGUCACCAAUAAAGGAAGGGGAGUCAGAAGGAGUGCCCGGUGACGAACACAUCGAAGACCAACGGAAUCUCUGGAAGGCGAGACUCAACAAUGUGAAUCCUGAGUUGGUAAGGACUAUCAGUACAAUGGAUGAAGGAAUCUUGACAAGUGUGAUUCGCAGACAACCUUCUGUGAGAAACAUCAAACUGGGAGCUUUUAACAGUGAACUUUCACUCGACCUUGACGACCUAAGACUAUCCGGCCACGGUCCAUCCUCCAGUCCCGUUGGAGAUGGAUUCGAUACGUGGUGCAACCGUGGCGGAUCGAGACAAUUCGAAUUUCAAACUGAUUCUCUUGAGACAUUAGAGGAGAAAGCGGGAGAAGCUAACUCAACUAAUGCACCCCGUGCAACGUCUGAAUUGCUUAGCUAUCUUCGAGAACCCCCAACUGACGACUCAACAAAAGAAACACAAGCACUAACCAAGCUCGUCAGUCUGAACAAGGAGAUGAUUAACGCCGGCAAAGAACACAUAGAGAAGACAAAGGAGUUGAUUAGCACUGGCAAGGAAAAGCUAGAGAUAAUCACACCAAUUAGCUCGACCAAGAAGAUGAUUCAUACUGGAAAAGAGCAGCUAAACGAAUUUAAAUCAGUUGCGAUGGGAGAAAAUACAAAAUGCAAUGGACAAAAUCAGGUCAGAAACAGCAAAAGCCCCACUCGAACACUCAGAAGAGCGACAUGUGGAGAUAUUGGACGUAUGCUGCCCCGAGAAUUGAACUUCGAUGACUCUGAUACAGAAGAGGAGAAACCAGCAACACCAAGAAACGAAAAAGUUGCCAGAAUGGUUAAAAAUUCUUCUAGGUCCGCAGCGGAUAUAUUACAUCCUACAGUUCAGCGUAGAAAUACGUGUGGAACGAUGUAUAUCAAAACUACGAUGUCUGCACCAGAUAUUGAUGCAACAAUAAAGGUAAGCUUGUACAAAGUGGGAAUUUCAAAAGUAACAGGAAUCAGUUUCGUGCCACACUUGUAUUCUCAUUGGUUCAAGAUUCUAUUUUGUUGCAAAAGUGUGUUUGUGGAGUAUAUCGAUCUCAUAUCUUAUCGUCCGAGCAAGAGAAUCUAUGUGUAGAGGGAAUGGAUGCCUUCAAGGUAUUUAAUGACUAUCCUGACAACGUUUUAGAGACAAAAACUUAUAUUCCAAGUCUUGACGAGGUCACUACCUUUUAUAGAGGCGUUUUCUUCAAAUCGCAGAUGGAAGCGGACUGUAUUAUCAUGUCCCUUAUUUAUGUCGAGCGGCUAAUUAAGAAAACUGUUGGUCGCUUACGCCCAAGAGCAAGCAACUGGCGUUCGCUGAUAUUUAGCUGUAUGAUUCUAUCCAGUAAAGUUUGGGAUGGUAAGUAAGGCAGUGAAGCGGCAGGGUCUACCUGUCCUUACCAAUUUCUCUCACAAGAUAACUUCGAUUGACUUCGCUUGUUCCAUUUAUAUCAACGGCUUCGUCCUACACAAAGAUCUGUCUAUGUGGAAUGGGGAUUUCAGUCAGUCAUGCCCACCGGGCGGUGUCAAUUUUUCGGUGCAACGAGUCAACCAGCUCGAGCUCGCGGUCUUGAAUUCUUUGAAAUUCAAUGU